AAAAGCAGCACAAGCGAAGCUCCUCCAUGCUCACAUCUACAGACAUUAAACUUUCAGAAAACAGAGAAGAGAAGCUUCAUUGAUAUUUUUUUAGCAUGUCGUUGCUUUCAGACCUUAUCAACCUUAACCUUUCCGACUCUACUGAGAAAAUUAUUGCUGAGUACAUAUGGGUUGGAGGGUCUGGAAUGGAUAUAAGGAGCAAAGGAAGGACUCUUCCCGGUCCGGUUAGUGAUCCUUCAAAACUUCCCAAGUGGAACUAUGAUGGUUCCAGCACAGGCCAGGCUCCUGGAGAAGACAGUGAAGUGAUUCUAUAUCCACAAGCUAUUUUCAAGGAUCCAUUCAGGAGGGGCAAUAAUAUCCUUGUCAUUUGCGAUACUUACACUCCUGCUGGCGAGCCUAUUCCAACAAACAAGAGAUGCAAGGCUGCUAAGAUAUUCAGCCAUCCUGAUGUUGUUGCUGAGGUUCCCUGGUAUGGCCUUGAGCAAGAAUACACGUUGUUGCAGAAAGAUGUUAAAUGGCCACUUGGCUGGCCUAUCGGUGGUUACCCUGGCCCCCAGGGACCUUACUACUGUGGUGCUGGUGUUGACAAAGCAUUUGGCCGCGACAUUGUUGAUGCACAUUACAAGGCCUGCCUGUAUGCAGGCAUCAACAUUAGUGGUAUCAACGGAGAAGUGAUGCCAGGCCAGUGGGAAUUUCAAGUUGGACCUUCAGUCGGUAUCUCUUCCGGAGAUGAAUUAUGGGCAGCUCGGUACAUUUUGGAGAGGAUCACUGAGGUUGCAGGAGUUGUGCUUUCAUUUGAUCCUAAGCCCAUUCAGGGAGAUUGGAAUGGAGCAGGGGCGCACACAAAUUACAGUACUAAGUCCAUGAGAAAUGAAGGAGGCUAUGAAGUCAUCAAGAAAGCAAUUGAAAAGCUUGGUCUGAGGCAUAAAGAACACAUUGCAGCCUAUGGAGAAGGGAAUGAGCGGAGACUCACCGGAAGGCACGAAACAGCUGACAUUAACACUUUCAAAUGGGGUGUUGCUAAUCGUGGGGCUUCCAUUCGUGUUGGCCGCGACACGGAGAAAGAAGGAAAGGGGUAUUUUGAGGACCGAAGGCCUGCUUCAAACAUGGAUCCAUAUGUCGUGACUUCCAUGAUUGCAGAAACCACCAUCCUGUGGAAGCCAUGAAAACCUUAACCAAUCUCUCAUACGAAAUACUGUUGUUCGUAGUAGUCCUUUCAAGGAAUCACGGAAGGAUUUGAGUCAGUAGGAUGGAUGUCUUUCAAUUUGUUUCCCUUUGUAUUUCAGGUAGCAAGCGAUGUUAUUGCUUAUGAUUCUGCAUUUUCUGUUGAAUAAUGUAAUGCUUGGUUUCAAUCACUUUCAUGGAUGCCCAGAUUUCCAGUGCCUGGAAAUGGGUUGAAAAGAUUUUGCUUUGAUGUAAUGUAGAACAAGAUUUUAUCUUGGUCUAAAAUAAACUACUUAUUGAUUUAUAAAGCUUUAGAUUUCUCCUA